AUCUCCCAUUGAGAUGUGAUUUCGCACUUGUGCAAAUGAGAUCUAUGACCUCGCUAAACUGCCUUCAAUUCGUCGAAAACAAAGCUCUAAUCGCAAACAAGAUAUUGCAAGAAGAAAAGCAACUGUGUGUGUUAUCGAAUUGAGUUUAAUCGAGUGGCAGUUUUGAAAGAGCCGGCGAAGUGGCAGGGCAAAGUAGUUUGUCUUCCCAUUGAGCUCUAAUUGCAGUGGUCCUCAUCACUGAAUUGGUGGUUAUUUAUCAAGAAUAAAAAUAUGGUAUCAACAAUAAUAAAACUACGGAGUGUUUACCUUCGGUUAGGAAAUACUAGACAACAAAUCUAUCCAGCAAUAAAUAAGAUCUGGUCAGUGAAUUUCUCAGCGAAGUCAGACACUGCUGAUCGAGAUGCUGAAGGUGAAAGGAUAAAACCACCAGUGGGUGAUGGAAAGUACUUCAAAUCAGUGGAACAAGUGAUAUCAGAUAUUCCUGAUGGAGCCAAAUUGUUGGUCGGUGGCUUUGGACUGUGUGGAAUACCUGAGAACUUGAUCAAUGCAUUGUUGAAGAAGGGGAGUAAAGACCUCAUUGUUGUGUCUAAUAAUGCUGGGGUUGAUGAUUGGGGACUUGGAUUAUUGCUCAAUGAGAAGAGGAUAAAGAGGAUGAUUGCUUCAUAUGUGGGGGAGAACGCCGAGUUUGAGAAGCAGUAUCUCAGUGGAGAGUUGGAAGUCGAACUGACUCCGCAGGGAACAUUGGCUGAGAGAAUUCGAGCAGGAGGUGCGGGAAUUCCUGCUUUCUUCACCCCUACAGGCUAUGGAACAAUAAUCCAGGAAGGAAACGUAGUGGUAAAAUACGACACCGACAAAAACCCAGAGAUCUCGGGAGAACCUCGAGACGUACAGCGAUUUGACGGCCGUGAGUACAUGAUGGAAAAGGCGAUAACCGGAGAUUUUGCGUUGAUAAAAGCCUGGAAAGCAGACAAAGCUGGAAACCUUAUCUUCCGAAAGUCCGCCAGGAAUUUCAACCCCGUGAUGUGCAAAGCAGCAAAAGUAACAAUUGUCGAGGCAGAGGAGAUUCUGGAGAUUGGCCAGUUGGACCCAGAGCAGAUCCACGUUCCAGGAAUUUACGUUAAUCGAAUUGUUAAAGGUAGAAAUUACGAGAAGCGAAUCGAGAAAGUGAAGACCAAUGUUGCCGUGAAAUCUAAAAAAUCGACCCCAGCGAGUAAAGCGAGAGAUCGAAUUAUUCGCCGUGCUGCCCUGGAGUUCAAAGACGGAAUGUACGCCAAUUUGGGUAUUGGAAUGCCUAUGUUGGCUAGUAACUUUAUUCCCAACAAUAUUAACGUCACAUUACAGUCGGAGAAUGGAAUUUUGGGACUUGGUCCCUUCCCAGGGGAGAAUGAGGUAGAUGCUGACCUGAUUAAUGCUGGUAAAGAAUCGGUUACCAUUCUACCGGGGGCUGCUUUCUUUGGAAGUGACGAGAGUUUCGCUAUGAUUCGAGGAGGACACAUUGACCUGACGAUAUUAGGAGGCAUGCAAGUGUCUCAAACUGGUGACCUUGCUAAUUGGAUGAUCCCUGGAUCGAUGGUCAAGGGAAUGGGAGGCGCCAUGGAUCUUGUUUCAGCUGCUGGGACUAAAGUAGUUGUGACAAUGGAGCACAAAGCAAGAGAUGGAAGUCCUAAAAUAGUUGAGAAAUGUAAUCUGCCGGUUACAGGUCAACAGUGUGUAGAUAUGAUCAUCACUGACUUAGCCGUCUUCGAAGUAAUCAAAGGAGAAGGUCUCAAACUGAUAGAACUGGCCCCGAACGUAGAUAUCAGUGAAGUUGUUAGCUCAACUGGCUGCGAAUUUGCCGUAGCUGACGACCUUAAAGUGAUGGGACAAGUGAAUCUUGAGGAGGAAAGUUAAAAUUAUCUCCCAGCAAGUGAUCGCUUCUGUUUUAUUUAAUUUAUUUUCUACAGAGAUAUUUUCUAUAAAAAAGACACUAAAACUUAUAUACAUGUUAUUAAUUAAAUAUUCUGAAAAUGUAUCGUAUAAUAAAAGUAUUAUUUUAUACGUCA